GCUCUGUUUUAAGCUGGAUAAGUAGAAAACAGAGCAUUGAACAAGAGAACUGAACAUAUUGGAAACAUGUAUUCUGCUGUAAAACACGCACGCGGCACUCAUUUCAGACAGAAUUCUUCAGACCGAAUCCACAGCGAAACUCAACUGUUCAGGGACAUGUAAGAGAACCACUUUUUGUUUCACCAAGUGCUAGUUAGCUUUUGCUAAGAAAGUGGCCUUGGUGGCAGGAUUCAGGUGCUCUGUCCUCAGCUCUACCGACUUCUACAAAGUUUGAGCUUUUUUAUUUUUAUCGGAAGACGUAGCAUCCUUCGCAUCCAUCAGUUUCAUCUCAAUCAUAAAUGAUCGAACUUGCCAUGGAAAUUCUUUUCUCAGAAGGAGAAGAACCCAUCUCCCAUCUUCUCAACUCGCUCCAUAGGACAUAUCGAGAGUGAAGGUGAUCAAAAUGUUGACCAGGGGCUUCAGACGAUUUCGGAUUCCUCGGUUGAAUCCGGGUCAGAACAAUCCCAUUUCGAGUGUUCGUCACUGGAAUCCGAAUUCGGGUUCGAUGGGCUUUGGGUGGAGAAGAUGGUUGUCGAGCGAGAGUGGGAAACGGUUCGCGGCGAUGUGGGGAAGCGGAGACUUCGGGAGAUUAGGGCUGAGAAACUUGGAAUCUCGGUGGCGACCCGCCGUCUGCUCCGCCUUGUCUGAACAUAGCAUCUCAGCCCUGGCUUGCGGCGGAGCUCACACCCUAUUCCUCACCGAAACUGGGAGGGUCUUUGCAACAGGUCUUAAUGAUUGUGGUCAACUUGGUGUAUCAGGUGUUAAAGCUUAUACUAUGGAGCCUCUUGAAGUUCUUGGAUUAAAGGAUGUUCUGUACGUCUCAGCUGGUUAUAGUCACUCUGCUGCUAUCACAGUGGAUGGAGAGCUCUAUAUGUGGGGAAAGAACUCAAGUGGACAGCUUGGAUUGGGAAAAAAAGCGGCGAAAGUGGUUCACAGUCCUGUCAAAGUGGAGUCUUUGAAUGGAAUCACCAUCAAAUCUGUGGCGUUGGGUUCAGAGCAUUCAGUCGCAGUUACUGAUGGUGGUGAAAUUCUGAGUUGGGGAGGAGGAGGCUCCGGAAGACUUGGUCAUGGUCAUGAGUCCACCCUUCUCGGUAUCUUGAGAAGUUCAAGUGAAUUCACUCCAAGACUUAUCAAGAAACUUGAGGGAGUCAAGGUUGAAAACGUUGCUGCUGGUUUGCUGCAUUCAGCCUGCACCGAUGAAAAUGGAUCUGCAUUCAUAUUUGGAGAGAGAGCCAUCAAUAAGCUGUUCCAGGGAUUUGGUGGAGCAAACAAUGCUACAACCCCUUCCAUUAUCAGUGAAGUGCCUUAUGCAGUAGAAAUUUCAUGUGGCGGCUAUCAUACAUGUGUCGUGACAAGAGGUGGAGAACUAUACACAUGGGGUUCAAAUGAAAACGGCUGCCUCGGGACAGAAUCUAGGGAUGCCUCUCAUUCACCCGUGAGAGUCGAAGGUCCUUUCUUGAAGUCUUCUGUUUCCAAGGUGGUAAUGUCUUCACCUGGGGAUGGGGAGGUUCCCAUGGCACUUUCUCCAUCGAGGGACAUUCUUCUGGGGGACAGUUGGGUCAUGGUGAUGAUGUAGACUACUCGACUCCAGUUAUGGUAAACCUCGGAGACGAUGUAAGAGCGACACAAGUAUCGUGUGGGUUCAAUCAUACCGGGGCAGUUCUUGAAUACGUCUGAGAAGUCGUGUCUAUGCCGAAACUCGCAAUCAUAGAGAAGAAAAGAAAUAUGCUUUCCGCAUCCCGGGUAACGUUUAGUUUCUUCAUUCUUUCCAUAACCUUGUAGUCGAGCAUGUUCAUCAAGAAUCGGCAUUUGAUGCCUGGGUUUUCUUUAUUAAGCUUGUUAGAUAUUGUAAUGCUUUGUAGAAUAAAGUACAGUUCCCAUGUACAUAGGAACACAGAGCAAGUGCCUUUUACUAAUGGUAGAUUAUCAUUUGAGAUCUCA